UUUUUUUGAAAGUUGGCCUGUGAAGCAGGUGGUUCCUCUGCCUACGUGCAGAGAAGUUCCUUUAAAUAAGGCUUAUAGGCUGUAAUCAAUACCUGCAAAAUCUAAUGUCCAUGAUGGAGGCUUAAUUGAUGACCUGCUAGAAAUGGCACUGGAUAUAAACCAAAGGCUUCUAUAAGCUUUGGACUGGGCAAGUGGCCAGAUGCCAAGGUGAGGAGGUAGGGGAUCUCGAGGGCUAUUUGGACCCUCUAAGGCUUUUCUUAUUCAGACAGCUGGGUUUCUGCAGUGCCCAAGCCCUGCACAUACAUGUGCUUUAGAAGGAUGGAGCAAAGAGAUCAAGGACACACACACACACACACACACACACACACACACACACACACACACACACGUCAUGUGUUCGUUCAUUUGUUUCAAAAUGGUGAUAUAUGCUACAUGGUAUGUGUGGAAAAUCCAAGAUGUGGUCCGGUAGUGUCCAUUUAGGAACACCCAACAGAAUACCUCAGGAACACUCAGCAAGGCGUGUGAAGCGUUUUCUUUUAGCAGAGGCAGGUCUGGCUUUGUGCAGGGGAUUUAGGUUUUGGAGUGACAAGCUCAGGCUCCUGUGUCUUCUGAGACUGGGAGAGCCCAAGUCUCCAGGGCUGUGGGGAGAGGCCAAGACUGUGAUGGGGACAUGUAGGCCUUCAAGGGGUGUUUAAGCCUGGUGUGUGGAGCUCGUGCGUCCUCCUGCUUAGAGUGCCCAGAGAGUGAGCAGCAGCUUGGCCGACUGGGUGCUCUGAGUCUCCCAGGGAGACUGUGUGUCAUCUGAGGUGGAUGGAAUGGAUUCUUCUACUCUGCUGCCUGCAUCCUUGUAGGGUACUGCACAAAACCUGGGAUGGAUUCCAUACCAAGAAAGAACGGCAGCGGUUAUAAACCUUCCUAAUGGUGAGACCCCCCAAUACAGUUUCUCUACCAUAAAAUUGUUUUGUUGCUACUUCAUAACUGUAAUUUUGCUCCUGUUAUGAGUCAUAAUGUAAACAUCUGUGUUUUCUGAUGGUCCUAGGCGACCCCCGUUAAAGGGUCAUUCAAUUCCCUAAGGUGUUGUAACACACAGGUUGAAAACCACUGCUGUAAAGGAAUGCAAAAUCACUACCACACCCUCAUUUUGUUACGUAUGCUCCAGGUAAUAAGGAAAAUAAACGUGUUUCCCUUUCUUUACGCUGCACUAGAUACUGUUAGGGUUCACAUCGGUAUUGAAAGAAGCCUUGUUCUUGCACACUGAGAGGUAGCCUCCAGCUCCAGGCGCAAGGCUCGCUCUUUCCUGUGUUUGGCUCCCGUAUCUCAUCUUGCAGAUCUGGUGACCCAGACAUUUGUGCAGCCACUGUACUGCUGUAAGGCUAGGCUGUUGCCAGGUCCUGGUGGUGCUGAUUUAUUGAUGGACAGCACGCUGGUUACUGUUACCACCCUGAGACUGCCCUCCAGUCUCUUAGUCCUAAGAUUACAAACAUCAUUUUUACAAGUUUGUGAAUUCCUUGAGGCAAGAGACCCUGUCUUAUCCUUUUGUGUACAGUAUAACACACUCUCGCACACACUCCGUCUCUGUAUGAAUAAAUGAGCCCAUAGAAAAACAAUGAAAAUAGGUUAAUAAUACUUCCUGGUAAUACCAGGAUGUUUAAUUUUUUUCAAUGCUCUUCCUUGCUAAUAAAGCCGCUGAAACGAAAGACGUGAGUGUAGACUUGGGCACUGAGAUUCCAAUUCAGAGUUCCAUUCUCACCCAGCAGCUGUCAGUCCUGGGGGACUCAGAGCCUGAGUCUCCGAGCCUCGGCCUCCUCCUAACUGGAUACAUGUAGAUAUUUUAACACGUUUCAUGCCUGGCUUCCACCCCUUCCCUCCUUCCUCUUGGGUUUUAUCAGAGAGAGCCGCUUUAUUGAAACAGAGGCUAACAUGGCCUUGACCUUUGAAUGGCAUGUCCGAAGGAUCAGAGUUUCGAACUGAAGUACACCUUGCCCAUAACUGAUGAUAGGGAUUGUGUAAUUGAGGUAGAAUUCAUUAGUGGUGGCUAGCUGUAUUUUCAAAUAUCUUUGGAAUACAGGCUGGAAAGAUGACUGAGUAGGAGAAGUGCUUGCCAUACAAACACCAGGGCUGGACUUUGGACUCCCAGUCCCCACGUAAACGUCUGCGGAAUGUGGCAGCUCAUCUGUAAUCCAGCACUGGGGAGAGAGGUUGGGAGAUCCAUGGAACAAGCUGGCUACCAGACUAGCCAAAUCAAGUUCUGUGUGCAAGUGAGAGACGCUGCCUUAAUGUAUAAAAUGAAGAGUUACUGAGGAAGAACACUGACAUCCACCUGCACCUCCACUUGUGCAUGCACCCCCCAUACACCCCCUCUCCUGACACGAGCUUGCCCACAUGCAGGCAAUAAGUAAAUGAGUCAUGUAGCAACUGUUCUAAUAGUUUUCCAUUAAAAUCCAUGUUUCAUAGACUUCAGUUAUUUUGGGAGACCUGACUCAUUCAUUCAUCCUUCUACUACUGUCAUUGGCAUGAACACAACAGAUGCCUCCCACAUUUUGUGGUCUCUCAGCUGGGGAGACCUUCCCAGCCACUGUACCUUGCCUAGGUGCAGCCUCUAGGGACCCAUGGCCAAGAGGAGAGAUUCCCAUCAGCAUCUGGUUGGUGGGCACUGUAUAUAAUGCAUUUUCCUCUUGGACUUGUAAAGGGGAAGACCGAGAAGCAGCGCAUCUGGGUUCAGGAUGGUCUUAUGUUCUGGCUUGAUGUCUGUAUAUAAAUCCUGUAUUACAUGGGGGUGGGGAGGUGUAGCCAGAAUGAAGGGAGAGGCAAUUUUUAAAUAUUCAUGGUGAGUGUGCCUGACCCACAGGCUCCAACUGCCCCAAGAGUGCUAAUCUAAGUUGGGGAGCGAUUAUCUUAGUCCUAUAGGUAGAGAGCCUAGGUGGUCAGGAAGAGGAGGAGACCGGCAAGUUGUUCUUCCUGCUUCUAAGCCUGCUGCUCAGACAGCAGAUUUAUAUUUUGGAAAACAUUGUAUAAAUUACCUUAGAGAUCAGUGGCCUCAGGGAAUGACUGGUUUUGUGUUAUCUUUCUUUUAAAAUUAUUUCUUUUAUUAUGUGUAUGUACAAUGUACCAAGAACAUGCAGGCACAUUUAGAGGUCACAAGGGGGCAUCAGAUCCUCUGGAACUGGAGUUAGAGCUGGUGUGAACCCCUAUGUGGGUUGUAGGAACACAGCCAGUGCUCUUAGUUGCUGAGCCAUCUCUCCAGAUCCUCUUGUUUUCUAGGAGUUAAAAGUUAGAAGUCACAGGUUUCAAAGAAAUCUUUGAUAUUGUUGAGAUCUGGUCCCUCUCUGUGGGCGGCUGAACAUGUAAGAUCAAACUAGCCUCAAACUCAACGAUCCUCCUGCCUCAACUUCAUGGGGGUUUUUUCCCAGCAAGUCAUUUGGGUUUCAUUUUCUAAACUGCACAGAUAGCUGAGGCCUCAAAUGACCUUGCAGCAAGCAGGUCCUGGAGAGCGCAGUAUAGGAUUACUGCGCGAAGCUGAUCCGCUCCGCGCGGUGGGGAUCCAUCCCAGCGCUUGGGCUUGCCCUCCGCCGCGCUCGCCGCCGCCUCCGCGCUCCCGGGACCCGCAGGCCCCGCUGGGCGCGCGGCCCGCAGUCUCCGCACGUCGGCCUCCGCCCGCCCGCCCCGCCCCGGCGCGCAUUUCCAUUUUAAACCGCCGCCCGCCCGCCCCUCGACCGACCGCGGCCGGCGCAACCACCCGCGCGGCACGGAACCUCGGGAGAGGCGGAGGCUCCCGGACUGCCGAGCUGUGCAGGAAAAGGCCCUGGGAUGCGCUUCGGCCCGGCGCACUAGACAAUGAAGCCGCGGGCGCUGCUGCCCGCCGCGGGCUUUGCGCACCCAGGCCGCACCUGCUGGCGAGGCGGGUUCCGUGCCUGAGCGCCCACCCAGCCCCUCAUGGCUCGGCUCUCCGGGUGCGGACCCCGGCAGUCGGGCCGCGUGGCACGCGGACGGGCGGACUCCAGGGGCGCUGUUCCCGCAGCCUGAGCGCGGGCCUCGCUGCGCGCGGGGGGCGUGGGCGCCGCUCCCCGCCCGCUCGGGCUCUGCACCUGGCCAGCUCUGCGCCUGAGGCGCGCGUCCCGGCAGCCGGCGGCGCUGGAUGCAGCCGGGCCUCGGAGGGCGGCGAGGCGGCCGCGGCCCCUGGGGACAUGUACCUGCUGGACGGCAGCGGCGAGCCCGCGUCUUCGCCUGCGGACACGAUGUCGCGCGGGAUGCCCCCCAGGAAGACGGUCUACCGCAUCUCGGUGACCAUGGUCAGGAAGGAGCAGCUGGCCGCUCCGGCUCCACGUCCUACUCGGCGGCCCCGGCCCGCGCGCUCCCCGGAGGCGCCCGGGCGGCUGGAGGAGGAGGCCGAGGAGGCGGCGGCUGAGGAUCCUGAGAUCGGGCCGCGCGCCUGGGACUUCCGCGCCUUUCGCACACGCAGCACCGGGCAGCUGGAGCUCGGGCGGCUGCGGCCGUGCGCACACGACACAGAACCCACCGACCUGAUGGGUAGCCCCACGACUGAGGGGCCCAGCAGUCCUGAUGGGGAGGAGGCACGGGCCGCGCCCCUGCGGCGGAGCCUCAGCUUUAGGCACUGGAGCGAGCCCGAGGUGCCACGGAGCCCUGCGCUGAGCGGCGGGAGGCGCCACAGCAGCUCUGGAAGCCUGGCAUGGAUGCCCGACGACGAUGUCGAGGCGGACGUCGUUCCGGAACCGGUGGCUGGAGUGCAGCCGGCUGCUGAGAAGCGCAACACCUUGGACGUGGGCGAGGUGCUUAGCAAGAACGAUGCCCUCUCAGACCUGGAGCGCUGGGAGCGCAGCAAGAGCAAGAACCGCACGCUGGACAACAGCGACCUGCAGCGGCUGGAGCGCGCGCGGGCCGCGGCUGCCGGCCCUGGGGCCGCCUCGGAGCACCGGCUGCUGCGUUUCUUCAGUGGCAUCUUCGCGCGCAGGGACGGCGGGCCCUCACCCCGCAGCGGCGCCCUACGCUCGCGCGGUUACUUCAGCCUGCGGCGGGCCCCGGCCGACACGCAUUCGUCCAGUGCCGAGAGCAUCGAGGGGUCCCCGCGCAGAGAUGCUUUCGUGAACAGCCAGGAAUGGACACUCAGCCGAUCAGUACCAGAGCUCAAAGUGGGAAUUGUGGGUAACCUGGCCAGUGGCAAGUCUGCGCUGGUGCACCGGUACCUGACAGGCACAUACGUGCAGGAGGAGUCUCCGGAAGAUAUGGACGCAGGUGGCAGGUUCAAGAAGGAGAUUGUUGUUGAUGGACAGAGUUAUCUGCUGCUGAUUAGGGAUGAAGGGGGUCCCCCGGAGGCACAGUUUGCCAUGUGGGUGGACGCGGUCAUCUUUGUCUUCAGCUUGGAGGAUGAGAUCAGUUUCCAGACCGUCUACCAUUACUACAGCCGAAUGGCCAACUACAGGAACACCAGUGAGAUCCCAUUAGUGCUGGUGGGGACCCAGGACGCCAUAAGUUCCACCAACCCGAGGGUCAUCGAUGACGUCAGGGCUCGGAAGCUCUCCAAUGACCUGAAGCGGUGCACGUACUAUGAGACGUGCGCCACCUAUGGGCUCAACGUGGAGCGGGUCUUCCAGGACGUUGCCCAGAAGAUUGUUGCCACGAGGAAGAAGCAGCAGCUGUCCAUAGGCCCCUGCAAGUCCUUACCCAACUCUCCAAGCCACUCCUCUGUGUGUUCUGCCCAAGUGUCCGCAGUACACAUCAGCCAGACAAGUAACGGAGGUGGGAGUUUAAGCGACUACUCAUCCUCUGUCCCUUCGACCCCAAGCACCAGCCAGAAGGAGCUUCGGAUCGACGUCCCUCCCACUGCCAACACUCCAACGCCCGUCCGGAAGCAAUCCAAGCGCAGGUCCAACCUAUUCACAUCUAGGAAAGGGAGCGACCCAGACAAAGAGAAGAAAGGCCUGGAGAGCCGCGCGGACAGCAUCGGGAGCGGGCGAGCCAUCCCAAUUAAACAGGGCAUGCUCCUGAAAAGAAGUGGCAAGUCACUAAACAAAGAGUGGAAAAAGAAGUACGUCACCCUAUGCGACAAUGGUGUGCUGACCUACCACCCCAGUUUACAUGACUACAUGCAGAACGUCCAUGGCAAAGAGAUAGACCUCUUGAGAACCACUGUGAAGGUGCCGGGGAAGAGGCCGCCCCGAGCCACAUCAGCCUGUGCGCCGAUCUCCAGUCCCAAAACCAAUGGCCUGGCCAAGGACAUGAGCAGUUUACACAUCUCACCAAAUUCAGGGAAUGUCACUAGUGCGUCUGGGUCUCAGAUGGCAAGCGGCAUCAGCCUGGUCUCCUUCAACAGCCGACCCGAUGGCAUGCACCAGCGCUCCUACUCAGUCUCCAGUGCCGACCAGUGGAGUGACGCUACAGUCAUUGCAAACUCAGCCAUCAGCAGUGACACGGGGCUGGGUGACUCGGUGUGUUCCAGCCCAAGUAUCUCCAGCAGCACCAGCCCCAAGCUCGACCCACCCCCCUCCCCCCACGCCAACAGAAAGAAGCAUCGGAGGAAGAAAAGUACCAGCAACUUCAAGGCCGACGGGCUCACGGGCACCGCUGAAGGUUCACAUUCACACUCUGGCCUCAGACUGAGAGACCCAGUUGCCUGGCGCCCUGGAGAUCUCCAUCCACAGUUCCAUACAUCUUUAGGCCAGAAAAGAGCCCCACGGCCCCAUCUUGGGAGCUUCUGGGUUUCUGCCAAACGCAAAGCAUGGAAACUAAACCGUGUUGGUAGCCUGCGAAACAUAUACAGCAGCAGCAGCACCAACACCGAAGAGCAAGAAGAAAACUUGGAGUUUAUCAUUGUGUCCCUCACUGGCCAGACGUGGCACUUUGAAGCCACCACAUACGAGGAGCGAGACGCAUGGGUCCAAGCCAUCGAGAGCCAGAUCCUAGCCAGCCUGCAGUCCUGUGAGAGCAGCAAGAAUAAGUCCCGACUCACCAGCCAGAGCGAAGCCAUGGCACUGCAGUCAAUCCGUAACAUGAGAGGGAACUCGCACUGCGUGGACUGUGACACCCAGAACCCCAACUGGGCCAGUUUGAACUUGGGAGCCCUCAUGUGUAUCGAGUGCUCAGGGAUCCACCGGAAUCUCGGCACCCACCUCUCUCGGGUCCGAUCGCUCGACCUCGACGACUGGCCCAUGGAGCUGAUCAAGGUGAUGUCCUCCAUCGGGAAUGAGCUGGCCAACAGCGUGUGGGAAGAGGGCAGCCAGGGACGGACAAAGCCCUCGUUGGACUCCACCAGGGAAGAAAAGGAACGGUGGAUUCGGGCCAAGUAUGAGCAGAAACUCUUCCUGGCCCCACUGCCAUGCACAGAGUUCUCCCUGGGCCAGCAACUGCUACAUGCCACUGCUGAGGAAGACCUGCGGACUGUCAUCCUGCUUCUGGCACACGGGUCACGGGAUGAGGUGAAUGAGACCUGUGGGGAAGGAGAUGGUCGCACGGCCCUGCACCUGGCCUGCCGCAAGGGCAACGUGGUCCUGGUUCAGCUGCUGAUCUGGUACGGGGUGGACGUCAUGGCCCGAGACGCCCACGGGAACACAGCACUGGCCUAUGCCCGUCAGGCCUCCAGCCAGGAGUGUAUCGACGUGCUUCUACAGUAUGGCUGCCCCGACGAGCGCUUUGUGCUCAUGGCUACCCCCAACCUGUCUAGAAAGAACAACAGCAGGAACAACAGUAGCGGCAGGGCGCCCAGUGUCAUCUGAGCUCAGCCAACACUCUACCCGCCCACCUGCUCCGGAAGUUGCAACACCACGUGAGUCUCUCAGUUCCCUCCCUCUUCCUGGUGGACGCCUUCCACCCACCUGCCACUCACUCACCCCACCCGAAAUCUCCAAACCUGGACAUCCUCAAGGGGAGAAGAGGCUGCAGGCUAUAGAACGGAACUCUUUUCCCACCCUCCGGAAGCAACGUAGGAGGGACCGACCACCUCCCGGCUUUGAGGAUAGCACACGACAACGGGGGACCCCUGUUCCAGUGGCCUGGAGACGGAGCGGGGGGAGGGGCAGCAAGGAGAAGGGGCAGCGUCCCCUAACUGGCAGUUAAGCACAUCAGUACAUUUCGCCUCGACCAAAAAGGAGGCUUGGAUUUCACGUCUUCUCGGGGGAGCUUGACGGCAUAAAUCAGAAGCAAGCACAGUUUGUCAGGUCUGAAGCCCCUAUGAUGGUAGGUGUCAAAUCAGUUGUAGCUAAUCUGUCCAGGGAGAAUACUGGCUUCAUUACACUUGUAUAGUCGAGUUCCUCCAGCAUUACCGCUGUUUAAUAGAACGUGAUUAGUCAUCACCGGGAAGAAGGCAUAUUAGCCGAGGAGGUAGUUACACGGCACGCUCCGGUGAUUGCCACGAUAUGAUUGCCGUGCGCCUAGCAGCAUCAUAUUACCCUAGACGUGUCUCUCCAGCCCUCGGAGCCCUCCUUCCCAAAUUCACUGUCAUAAUUUAGUAUCUGUUUAAUUUUUCAGUCCAAAGAGAGGAAAUCAGUUGCCGGGUAUUAUUUGACUCCAUUCCCCUUUCUUGGUGCAAAAACAAAAUGGAAAAAAAAAAAAAAAGUAAAUAAAGAGCAACUUGGAAAUUCUAAAAGAAAUAAUGAAUUCAGCUGACAACGGCUUUCAAAUGUGUUCCAAAACUAAGUAAAUACGUAAAAGGAUAUUUUUUUUUUCCUGAGAGAUUUUUUUUUUUCCGUACUUUGGCCACAACGGAUGUGUCAGGCCUCAGCCACUCCCGAUCCACAAAGUCUGAAUCACCCAGGUUUCUGUCGUAGAUAAGAUGUGUGAAAAUCUAUUUGAAUAAAAGUUCAUAAAUAUGCAUUGAUUUUUGCACAGACAAAUGGCACCCAUGUUGAUUUAUCAAUUGAGCUGGAUGGGAACUAAUAAGGUGCAACUGGUUGAGAUCAGAGGGUUACAGAUCAUUGUCCAUGAGAAGUGCUCCCAGCAGCAAACUACCAUUAAUCUGAAAAACAGCUUUUUAAAAGGUGCGGAUCAGAAUAAGACGGUGGCACAAAUUGCUUAUUAAAGUGGGAGGGGGGAGGGGAAGGAGAGAGGCAGAAGAGUGGGAAGGAAGGCACGCAUGAGCCCUCAUCCCAGGUUUUAGAGCUGAGACCGUCCUUCCCAACCAAACCAAGGGGCUGUGGCAAGAAGGGGUGAUUUCUCGAAACGCCAGAACACCCACAAAGGUGUCCUGUAAGCAGCUGCUAGCCUCUCUGGCACAGCUCGCCCCGGAGAGUCCGUAGACGCCGUACACACGGUCCAGCUGUCUGGCUCUAACACAGAUUGCCAUCCUGGGGCACAGGGGGCAUCAGAUGCCAGACACCUUCAGCACGGUGGUCAGACAGGAGCACCGAACCGUGACACUAUUUAGUUUUUAAGAAAAGUUGGGGCAGCCUUGCCAGAGAGCUCCCGUGACAGUGUGGCAGGGAGAAGGCCAUCACACUGGAAAACAGGACCCUGGGCAAAGCCACCACCGGCAGGCAUCCUGUGGAGAAGCUUCCUCACGAUUAUAUAUCUGAACUUUCUAUUUUGUAAGAGUUUUUCCUCCUCUUUAACUUUUUACAAAAAAAAAAAAAAAUUUAAAGUAGAUGGGAACAAAAGUAAAGCUUUACACAGCAUUUAGAUGUGGGCAGUGUCUCGUGGAGAUCUCCAGGCUCACCACAGCCGGAACUGACCAGUAUCCAGAAAUGUCACAGAUGCGAAGCCACAGGUCUGAGACCCCUGAGCUCAGCCCCAUGCGCCUGCGCCGUGCAUUUGGUUUUUCCUCCUGCUAUCCAUCACUGUGUCGUUACUUUAAAUGUGAAUAGAGAAAGCAAGCUGUCAUUGCCUACCUAUUUUUUGAAGAAUGCAUCAGCAUCUGACCCUGUGAUCCGCACACGUAGCCUUUACCGUAGACUUCUAUAGAGAACACAGAUAGACUAUAAAUUCUUAAAUUAUUUCAGUGUAGUUAAUUCCCACUAGGAGUGCUUCUAUCAUAGGGGAGCCUACUUCGGAAAGGAAACGGACUCCUUUGUGAGGCCUCUCUUCGGGGUGUAUAUGAGUGUGUACAUAUUACCGUGUGUUUAUAAUAUGAUAUUUUCCCAAAUGACUCCUUGUUUCAUAUCACCCUCCGCUGCCUGAAUACGCAGUUGCUUGCUCUGGUUCCCUCCCACCCUCCCUCCCUAGGUCGCUCUGACACCAUCAGUUCUUCCUCAGAACACAUGACCCCUCCCCUGCCAGUGUUUGCCGUGCUGAACUGCCCAAGGAUUGCCCACUUUUUCAUAAGCCUGAGUUUCGGCAACAGAUACAAGGGUGGCAGCAGGGCCUCCAGGGUUCUCUGUGCUGAUAAAGGAGAGACGUGGCCUAACCGUGCUUCUGUUUCACACCAGGUCCUUCCCUCAGCAAUGAUCUGCUUGUUCCCAUUUUCAUGCUGACACCAAGGCUGGGAAAAACAGGGACAGGAUGGCAGCCCCAGUACCAAACACUUCCCCUAAUGCGAAGCGCUUUUUAGAGAGCAUAUCAGAAUAAGAUAGUCGCACGGUGGACUUACUAAAACCAAGAAAGGAAGUAGAAAGAGCUGGGGUGGUGGACUCAAGAGUUCUCAUUACAGACACACUGUUAGAGCUGAGGCCACUCUCGUGCCAGGAGGGAGGGGCUCCGGGAAGGGAUAGCCCACUGCAGAGUCCAUUCAGUACAGAGUCCAUUCAUAUUUGGGGUGAAUUUCCUCUCUUGUUGAGAAGUUCCCAGCUGGGGCCAGCCACAAACAGGCCUGUGAUUUGUCGUCACUCGUCCUGGGGAGGCAGUGAUAGAACCAGGCACAUGUCAGACUCACCUGGGGCUACCUCUGCUAGGCUUCUGACACCCUCCCCCAGGCUGUGAAGUGUCAGGGGAGGAAGGGAAGCCUCCUGAUGCUGAGAAAGCCCCUCUAAUGGUUUGUCUGGCUUUACAAAGAGCUAAGCACUGCUCUCCCAUCAUCCCCAAGUAUCACUCGAGCCUAAGAUGAGCCUCCUCUCCUGUAACCUCAUACCUCUGCUAUUGGCUCACCAAGCCUCCUUCUCCCUGCACUGCUGGGGUGCUUACAUGUGCACACACACACGCGCGCGCACACACACACAAGCAUGCACAUGCACGCACACAGGCACACACUAAAGGAGCAUACAUACACUGUCAGUUCCCUGUCCCCAUUAACUUUGAGCAUCAUAGCACCUCAGCCCUUCGGCUUUACUGCCUCUGUCCCCUGAGAAGCUUAGCCAGAGAGGGUGAACCCCAGGGCACCCUGUAACAUCCUCCUCCCUCUGUCAAGACCCACAGUGAGUUUGUGUCUGAACUUGGUGAGUCAGAGACCUGCUGGCCCUGAGCCUGAUCUGCGUUCCUGGUUGCCAAGGUUUCUGCCCUUCCUCCCGUCAUUUGGGCUGUCUCAUGCCUGAGAUGGUCAGUCUCCACCCCUCCUUGCAGAUGCCCCACAACAGCACAGCUGGAAACUGUGCCAUCAGAGCCUCCAAACUCCUGAGAGGCUGACCUCCCUGAGAGGCAGGCCCUUGCUUUCUGGUGGGCUCUCCUCAACUCGCCUGUCUCUUCACAGCCUACAAGGUCCCUGAGGCUUUGCUAGAACUCCCCCAGGAUUGUAUUUAUGACUUUGAAGCAAACAAAUUGAAAAGCAGGAAGGAAUUUGAAGAAAUGUGAAACGGAUGAACAUCUUUCCUUUAAAAAAAAAUAAAACAGAAUUUAUCCCCCAUUGCUUCUGUUGUGAAGGGCACAGCUGGAGGCGAUUUUUCCCUUGUCACUCACCAGAAAGCCUCCAGGGCCAUUGGUGUCCAAUAUGCCACCUUCUCUUCUACUUCUCGUGCAUUCUAAAUGGCCCUACUUCUGCCAGGCCCUGGCCAGCAGCACGCCAAGACGUGUGCCUGGUACACUGCAGGACCAAGACAUCAGGUCUAAGGGAACCACAUGGCCCAGCUAUUUGUCUGGUCUCUUUGGGACCCUUCUCUUUAAAGCAGCCAAAGUGGAUGGUCUUUUAGCCAAAAUGUCACAUUCCUUCUUGAGAGGUGGGGAGGGGAGGGGCUGGCUCCUCUGCUGGUACCACUCAGCAGUAGACCCCAGGCUUUUAGUCCCACCCCUGGAAGCAAGAAGCAGGGACAGCUGAUUAGAGAUCCCAGCACCCGGAGUAGUCAGGGCUUAUCUCUCACUUCAUGGGGAAAGACAACAUCUGGGGUGUUUGAAGACUCCUCCCACUUAGAAGUCCUGACCUAACCGGUCUCUUCCAGAUGCUGAAACUCCCGGUAGUGUCUGUACCUGCUGCCCUUUAAACAGUGGUUUAGACCCUGGGUCAGAGUUGAGAGAGAGAACGUUUCGCCAUGGAUAACUAGACAGCCAACAAGGCUUUGCAUCUUAAGUUUUAGCAGAUCCAGGUCAGGUGUGCACACUGAGGGUCCCUGGGGAAGCUGGCCUCCUGUCCCUCAUCUCAAGAGGCCAAUUUUCCUGUAGAAGAAGAGUAUUUAGUUUGGGUUUGCUCCUGUCUCGUCAAAGCGUUCUUAACUGAGGCCAUCCUCUUCCAUAGAGAGCCUUAGGUGGGUGUGGACACCCAGCACUGGCAGCCACUCGAGGGUCCAAAGUAAGUGGCCUCAGGGAGUGAGGGAGGGGAGGUCAGCUCAGGGCUUGUCUUUAUUUUGCUGGGCACGUGGCAUCUGCUGGGGACCCCCAGGGGUCGUGAAUCAAGCCAUAUGAUGGAGUCUUCCCGCCAAAGGGAGGGCUGGUGUGAAAUUCUGUGUGCAGGGAAUUACAUGGCCUUUGUCUUGUUGCGGGUGACAUAAAGGAACCAAGAAGUGUGAGUGGGUGGGGGGAUGGGAUCAGGCCCCGAGGAGAGCCCUUUAAUGUACUGUGGGUGGGAACAACCACUCUAGGAUCACACUGUAGCCCAUUGGGUCAGGACUGCGUCCACACUAGCCCACAUGUCAGUGUGGUUACUAGAGAUUGCUCUCAGAUGCUUGCAGAAAGAAAAGCUUAGCUUCCUGGGUGCUCAUGUGAACUCACCAAGGGCAUGCACCAAAAGAAUUUGUAAGCAGCCCUCUGUCUGAUGUGCUCAGAAGAUACCCAGUCCACCUGGCUCGUCGGGAUGCAGAGAAGGGACCAAGGGUGCCCUGAGUUGGGGCCAGCCCAAAUGGGGCUUCUAGAUCCUGCUCUUGCCUGCACCUUGCUCACCUACCAUCCAAGUCCUGCAGUUUUCUUACCAGAGUGGUACAGGGCAGUCGAGUGGAGACCUGGCUAUUGUGUGACAGACGGGCAAGAGAUCCCUUCAAAGCAUCCUUGUGAUCAGAGGGGAAAGAUGCCAUACCUUCUUGUUGAAAAUAACCCUUUUCUUGUAUGUAAAACAAUUCCUUUCCCUCCCUACAUUGUGAGGUUUGGGGGGAGGGGGUCGUUUUCUUCUAAAAUGAGAAGCUUCUCAGAUGAGAACUGGUCCUCCAGCCCUGAGCCCUGAGGACUGAAGGGUGUCGAAUCCCAGGAAAGCACAGAAGGUGGCUGGGCCUCUACAACAGCCUGAGGCUGGACCUGCAGAAGACAGGGCCUGGACAUCUUCUUUCCCUCUUCCUUCCCUUCCCCCAGUUCCACCUCGAGUCCUCCUCUUGCCACAAGAGCUUCUUUGCAAAGAGAAACCCCAGACAAGGCCGCGCACCGCUGGCACAUCUCUGGGUAGGGGCAAGGAAGGCCACCUCACCUGCCUAGCCACACACAGAAGGCAGAAGCACAGCGAGGGCUUCUCCAGAGGUGGGUGGCCGAUCAGGGGCAUUUUGAUAUUACCUCAUUCCAUAAUUUUACGUUUCCCGAUGACCGAUGCUUUAUUUAUGCUGUUUGUCCUGUAAUUCAGCCAUCCACAGACAUUUCGCUUUGCUUGUUCGUUCAUGCGACCUUGUUCGGGUUAAAUAUGCUGGUUUGUAUUUUCCUGCCUUGGGAGUUUGUGUCAGCUGUACAGUAUUCUAAGGGGAGAAGAAAAGGAGACGCGUGUAAAGUAAUGGAGAGAGGUAGCUAUAAUGUAGAGACCUCUUUCUAAUAAAGAAAAGAAAAUAUGUA